UAUAAUGGCUACGCUCGAAUGAAACGCGGAUCCUUACCUUCCUCUCGUCGCACACCAGGCACAAGCUGGUCCCAGGCUUGUCCAAAAUUCUAGUGCUCGCAGCCGCUUCAAAUGACCGAACGGAUCCGCAUUGUCGCCAAAAGCAGCAUCAACGUAGCAGCGAAACACCAUUCCGUCGUGAUACCCGGUGAUGUUUCGUUUUACCGCUGAAAUUGCGUCAACGAAACUUGCCACCGCCGGCCGAGGGACAGUGCGCGUAAACGCGAAAAGAGCAAGAUAGAGAAAUUUUUCCAGUGAAUCCUGUAAACGUCUCCCACGUACGUGUCGGGAGAAGACGUCUUUGAAGGUUCUACUGACUUCCCGUCCUCGGGAGGGGAAAGGUCAGUAAUGAGGGGUCGAUGAAGGGUCAUUGGCAUGGCCACGCGACUUAGCCCUCGAAACUCGGAGGUGAACGCUCUUGAACAACGGGGCUAUCUUAUUGGCAAGAAGAUUGGACAGGGUUCUUACGCGACUGUACAUCUCGCAGAGUAUAUCGAUGGAACGAGUUCCAAGAAGAUGCGUCUGGCCUGUAAGAUCUUCGAUAAAGAGAAAGCGCCAAACGACUUUUUAGACAAGUUCUUUCCUCGCGAACUUGAAAUUCUAACAAAAAUAGAAAAUCCACAUAUCAUUCAAGUGCACAGCAUUCUGCAGCGCGGCCCGCGCGUUUUCAUCUUCAUGCGCUACGCUGAUAAUGGCGAUCUUCUGGACUUUGUGAAGAACAAUGGUAUGGUGCCGGAGCAGCAGUCGCGAUUGUGGUUUCGUCAAAUGGCAUCCGGCUUGCACUACUUGCACAGCAAGAACAUUGCCCAUCGGGAUCUCAAAUGCGAGAACAUACUACUCUCGCGAAAGUUCAAUGUGAAACUGGCGGACUUUGGUUUUGCUAGGUUUUGUAUGGAUCACGAGGGCAGACGAGUCCUCAGCCAAACGUACUGCGGCUCAGCGGCCUACGCCGCACCGGAAGUCGUCGCCGGCACCCCGUACAAUCCGAAAUUGGCAGACGUGUGGUCGCUCGGCAUCAUUCUCUUCAUCAUGCUGAACGGGACGAUGCCGUUUGACGACGAGAAUCCGCGGAAGCUCCUCAAGGACCAGAUAUCGCGCAACUGGGUGUUCAGAUCCCGUGUCCGCGACACCGUGUCCGCGCUAGCAAAGAACAUUGUCCGGCAGAUCCUCGAGCCGGACAUCACUCUCAGACUUACCCUUGAGAGAGUGCUGUGUCACGAGUGGGUGAGAGCGAGGAAGGGCAGAACGGGAUCCCUCGCAGGAAGACUCGUUCAUUCUGCUCCACCGAGUCAUACUCCGAUGUGUGGAGGCGGUAACCUGAUCGGGUCGGGAACCGGAAACGUACCUGUUGCAGCGAGGGCAGUACCGGCAUUAAAAAAUUCAGAAAACCAGACUAAACCAUCCUCGAAAAUAGUGAACACUUCGGGGAAAGAUCCGCAACUGUCUAUCACCGUGGGAUAACAAGAUUCGCGAAGAAAAUCGACACAUCGACAAGCUAUACUAUAAUUGAAAAUAUAAGAGAUUGCAAGCUAAAAAGUUUGAAAUAAUCAUUUUCGGAAACAUUUACACUUGUCUUUAUUAAUAUAUCUUUUUCAUUUGCUAUUAGAUUGCACGACCAGUGCGAACUUACAUGAAUGUUGAUAACGUAUUGUUGUUUAAUAAAGACGUCCAUAAUAA